GAGCCCACGCCCCUAGCGGGAGAGGAGUGGGGAGGAGGUGGUAGCGGCGGGAAUUGGCUGCCACCGCCUCCUCCUCGCCUCUCUCCUCCCCCAGGCGCCGGUACUGACUCUUAUGAGCGUUUAUUCGCGUUCUGCCCUCGACAUGUUCCUCACAAACAGGUGGAGAUAAACUACGGUAACUGAAGUAAGAUAGUGCUGGAUACUAGUUUUGUUGUUAAAUUAUUUUAAAACCCAUUAAUUGUCUUACUGGUAGUGAAUUAUUCAAGCUUACCAGUAUGGCUCUGACUACUGCAUUGCUGAACAGUGCUUCCUUAUGUGGCAAAUGCUGCAGGCACAACUUCUUGUACCCUUUAAUUGGACCUCUCCUCAGAGAUUCCAUGUCAAAACUGUACAGCAGCUACAGGAGGCCAGGGUCACAGCCUGAGAAGAAACCAUCUUGGAAAAAUGUUGACUUGAGUUUUAAGAAGAGCUUUGAGUUCUUUAAGACUCAGCUAAGCUUGCUGAAGGAUGAGACCAAAGAACACAUAGUAGGACCUGGAGGCCGUCCAUUGAACGAGUACCUGCUGGAACAGACACGGGUGGUGUGGGAAUUUCGGAGCCAAGAAGAUUUAAAUAAAUGGGUUGUUUCCUCUGAUGUAGAGAUUGGAGGGAAAAGUGAAGUUUACCUUAAACUGGGUAGGAAUAAUCAGGCUGCUCUGUUGUAUGGAACCCUCAAUACGGAAGUGCCUCGUGAUGGGGAAACAAAAUACAGUGGAUACUGUAGUAUGAGAGCUAAACCCUUGGUGGGAUCUUUUGCUAGGAGGAAGUAUUAUGACUGGUCAAACUUCAACAGUCUGUACUUACGUGUUCGUGGCGAUGGCAGACCAUGGAUGGUAAACAUUUAUACAGACCCUUACUUCUCUCAUCAAAAGGAUGACCUCUACAACUACUUCAUGUUCACCCGAGGAGGUCCAUACUGGGAGGAAAUAAAGAUUCCAUUCUCCAAAUUCUUUCUGUCCAGUCGAGGAAGAGUCCAGGAUAGCCAGCAUCCAAUCUGGUUGGACAAGAUUUGUACCCUUGGAUUCACCAUCGGAGAUAAAGUAGAUGGCCCAUUCCAGCUGGAGAUAGAUUUUAUUGGCCUGCUGAACGAUAGAGCUCAUACAGAAGAAUUUGCUUAUGAACUGUACCCUAAAGUCUAAGCUGGGACUUGUGCUUCAGAUGAUCUGUUCACUGUAACAAAACAUUUAACUUGGAACACGUUGAAGACUCAAUGUAAACGUUAAAAAGACAAGAGUGUGAAGUGCUAACUGCAGUAACCUAAGACUGACACUGUUGGCGUUGUUGAGCUGCCAGAUAGAGAAUCUUGAAGAUUGUACAUACAGGGACUGAAAUGGAACCUGAGGAUUGUGAGGCAGUCUUAUAAAGUACUGUGCCUGGGUAAGUUUUUGCCUCUGUUCUGACCUUUACAGAAAUAAAAGUAUUUAACAA